GACAAUAAUCAAAUUUUUCUUCAACAAUGUCUUUAAUCGAUGAUUUUGAAAAUUCAUUCCAGGCUUGUCUGGCUCCAAUCACCAAUCCAUUAUCAUCUCAUGUAUUGGACAAUGAUGAAUUGAAAGCCAAUGUUGAUAAUAUUCAACGUUUUUUAGAUAUAUCACAACAGAUUGAAAGUUUUUUCAUACGUAAACGAGCAAUUCUUUCCGAACAAAAACCUGAAAUAACAUUGAAUGAAGAGAUAAAUGAAUUGAAAUCAGAAAUCAAUCGUAAAGAUAUAUUAUUGAAUAAUUAUUAUGAAAAAUUGAACAUGUGGUCCAAUAUGGUCAAUGAAGCUUUGACUGGUAAAACUAUGCAUCCGAAUAAUAUGAUGAUUGCGGAAAAUGUUAAUCCAACAAUGAUGCCAGGACAACAACAACCACCACCACCUUCAAUGCGUAUGGGACCAUCAGGAAUGCCGGUUUCAACAAUGCCGAUGAAUGCAGGAAUGCAACAUGUACCAAAUCCUUUGAUGAGAUCACAGCAAAGUGCUGUUGGUGGUGGUGCACCAUCGGGUAUGAUGUUAAGUAAUGUACCUCCUCCGCAAAUGGCUUCGGCUAAUCAUCCAGCACAUCCUCAAUCAUCAACUGGUGUUUAUAAUCCAAUGCAAUAUCCAUCAAAUCAAAAUCCAUUAGCCAAUUUGGAACGUACAACCGCACAUAUUGGAAUGAAUGAUAAUCGUAGAUAAAUGAAUGAAUGAAUAUUUUAUUUUAUUUUUUUAAAUCAUUGAAUAAUGUUGUAUCAUUUAUCAUCCGAUGAAUAAAAACAUCAUGCGUUCUAUUAUAUUGUUCAAAA